UAACUACCAAUUUGGCUAUCACGAAAAUUGGGGAGAUAAAUAAAAUAAUACAUUCUUUAUUGAAACUGUUCGAAAGGCUUUGUAAGGCAGAGUUCAACAGUUCCCUAGUUUAGUCUUUAUUGGCGUAAGUAAUGGGUCUGCCAUGCUGUGGACAAAUGGGUAUAUUUGCAUAUGAAACACUGUGGGUAAACACUGGUGGCAGAUGUCAAGGACAUCCUAAAGUUGUAAUAAUACUGACUUGUCAUGUUACCAUGUGACUAUUUGUUUGCUGGUUGUGAAAAAGCCUCGCAAUUUAGUUCUGUUUCCAAAUUCCCAGACAAUUGGAUAUGGAAUUAUGAUUUUGUAUAAGCAAACUAAGUUGUAUGCUUUUAAAUGUAUGUUUUGUGCUGAUUCGUGGGGCAUUAUGUUUGGGGUUCUCUUAACGGUUAUCUGCAUAAAACCUUGUGAGUUGGAGAAGGGUACUGCAGGUUUGUUUUUAUAUGACCAUAAUCCCUUUUUCCCCCCUUAUAGCUGUAUGAAGGGCUAUAUCAACGACACCCUAUCCACUGCUCAUAUAACAGACCUGAGCGUGCGGAAUGACUUUUUCCCCAGUCAACUGAUCACAGAGAGCGGCUUCAAUGUUACACAAUGCAGCUAUAAAGACUACAGAAAUGAUGUUGACUACAGCCUCACCUCCCAGUUCUGGCUCAUCAUGGCUGUACGCUUUGCCUUCGUUGUCCUAUUUGAGCAUGUAGUGGUCAUCUUUAAAUUCAUUGCUGCCUGGUUUGUGCCUGACUCCCCCAUGUUGGUGAAGAAUGACAGACUGAAGGAUAAACUCAGUAGACUCAAAGAGGAACUACAGGAUAUGAAGUACAGCCAGUCCACAGAUGUGUGAUGACCGCAACGGAGGGACAUCCUGAGACAUGACCAGCAUGACACAUGACUUUGAAGAUUUGAAAAAAGAAACAUUAAAAAUUAUGCUCUCUGCACUGUCCUGAGAUCAGCAUCUUACAGCAUAGUUAGCGCCUGGUCGUUAUGAGAGGUAGGACAGCCUCAUCUCCCAAACCUCUGAGUUUUCCCCCACAUGGUCAACACACUGUUUAUACCGGUGUGAUUAAUGGCCACCCGUGGCGCAUGCAAACGUAUCUUAAUAGCCGAUCGGGGCGACAAGUUUCUACGAGGAUUAGACGGCUCCAAACUCUAUUUCACAUAUAAGCAAGGGUACCCCAAUAUAAAUGAACCAAUAGACUGACAGACUAACCCCAGAUACCAGACGCUAAACCACAACUGUGGUUCAUAAGAAGAGGUCCAUAUAACAUUGUAUUUUCUUGAAUGACUGAUGACCCAGCAGUAGCCUCAGCCGAGUCCCCAACAACCAGAUGUUCCGGUUUUCAGGGGAUAUGGAAAGAGAGCCUGUGACGCAACUUCCACUUUUGGACGUUAACAAGGCGACACUC